CUGCCCAAAACAAACAAAACCAUCGUCUCCAAAAACCAUGAGCUAGAGCAGAUAGCCUGUCGUUCCUUUCCCCCAGUUUAUGGCUUUUUGAUCCCUAUCCCUAUCCCUGUCCCUAUCCUAUAAAUAUAAGCAGCCCCCUUCGCUUAAGCAUCAAUCAACAAAAUCACAGUCUAUCCGUCUUUAUAUAAGCUUUCUUCAAUUUCAACAUUCAAUAAUCUAAGAGAAGUAUUUGCAAAGAUGAGUUCAACAAGCAGAGCAUGGAUUGUUGCAGCUAGUAUUGGAGCUGUGGAGGCUCUGAAAGACCAAGGUAUCUGCAGAUGGAACUACACUGUAAGGUCAGCUGUCCAGCAUGCCAAGAACCAUAUGAGAUCAGCUUCACAGGCCAAGAACCUCUCAUCUCAAUCCUCAGCCGCAAUUUCCAAAGGACUGAGGCAGUCUAAACAAUCAGAAGAGGCUUUGAGGACUGUCAUGUACUUGAGCUGUUGGGGUCCCAACUGAGCCUUAUAUCGAUUACAAUUUAGAAGAAGCAUCCUUAAUUUUGGUAAUUUAGAACAAGGUUUGAGUACUGAGUGUACAAACGAAACACACUGGGGCAUGUGUGGGUUCUUGCUUGUAUAAUGUAUAUAAUUUACACAAGGAUGUAGGAGAAAAAUUCUCUAUCAUCAUAAAACUAAUGAAAUGAAUUUUGAGAGUUCUUGCUUUUCA